UUAGUGUCGGGAGAGGUGAUUGGCUGGGCACUGCUGCAGUGAGAAUGCAGGCUGGAUACUCAGGGUUUCAGCUCACUUGAUGUGCGUUAGAUGAGCCAGGGAGAGCAGGUUAAUUGGUAGUUUUGACCAGCUUCUAAGAAUGAAAGGGUCCAUUUUAGCUUUCAUAGUAAGCUCAGCAUCUUGGUUUCUCUGUCCAGGCUUCAUCUAAAUCUCAAUAUCUUGAGUUCUCCAGGACAGAGCUCUUGAGGUUUAUCUGUUGCCAUCAGCUUAGUGAACUGCUUGUCAGGCCAGGCACGACAGCUGCAGCCGCAAUUUCAAAAGGUAGGAUUCAGCUGCAGGAAUAGUCUGUAAAGAAACAGAGCUUCUGGCGUUGCUAGCUUGAGUCUCUCUCUGGCUGCUGUGCAGAACGGAUUCUCGGAGUGCUUGUAGUGUAGCCACAUCCUUGGCAGCAGGGAGCCACUUCUUGCAGGGUUUCCUUGACUGGGACUUUCCACUGGAGCAGCAAUGCUGCAGACCCUCUGGUGCUUUCUGGCCAGCCUCUUUACCAGGGCCAUAUGCCAAGGUCCUGCAGAAGGAGAAAAGAAUGAGAUUAGAGAGCCGACUCCUGUUCCAGACUCAAGGGACCAGGGGCCAAACCUGUUGGGGAAGCCACAGGACAGAGGGGCUGAUCCCACUGAAAAGAGACCAACUAUCUUACUGGUGGUUGGACCUGCAGAGCAUUUUCCAAAGAAAAUUGUGAAAGCUGGAGACAAGGACCUGGAUGGGCAGCUGGACUUUGAGGAGUUUGUUCACUAUCUGCAAGAUCAUGAGAAAAAACUGAGGCUAGUCUUCAAGAGCUUGGAUAAAAAGAAUGAUGGCCGUAUCGAUGCCCAGGAAAUCAUGCAAUCCCUCCGGGACCUGGGAGUCAAGAUUUCUGAACAGCAAGCUGAGAAAAUCCUCAAGAGAAUAAGGACAGGCCAUUUCUGGGGUCCUGUCACCUACAUGGAUAAAAAUGGAACUAUGACAAUUGACUGGAACGAGUGGCGAGACUAUCACCUGCUGCAUCCAGUGGAGAACAUUCCUGAGAUCAUCCUGUACUGGAAGCACUCCACGAUCUUUGAUGUGGGAGAGAAUCUGACAGUCCCAGAUGAGUUCACAGUGGAAGAGAGGCAGACGGGCAUGUGGUGGAGACAUUUGGUUGCAGGUGGAGGUGCAGGUGCUGUGUCCAGAACCUGCACAGCCCCAUUGGACCGUCUGAAGGUGCUCAUGCAGGUCCAUGCCUCCCGGAGUAACAAUAUGUGCAUUGUUGGUGGCUUUACCCAUAUGAUCAGAGAGGGCGGGCCCAAGUCGCUGUGGCGGGGGAAUGGCAUCAAUGUCUUGAAGAUUGCGCCAGAGUCUGCAAUCAAGUUCAUGGCUUACGAGCAGAUCAAGAGGUUAAUUGGCACUGACCAGGAAAUGCUGGGAAUUUGUGAGCGGCUAGUGGCUGGUUCACUAGCAGGGGUCAUUGCCCAAAGCAGCAUCUACCCAAUGGAGGUUCUGAAGACCCGAAUGGCCCUGCGGAAGACAGGACAAUACUCAGGCAUGCUGGACUGUGCCAAGAACAUCCUCUCCAAGGAAGGAAUGGCUGCCUUCUACAAAGGCUACAUCCCCAACUUGCUAGGAAUCAUUCCGUAUGCCGGUAUUGACCUGGCUGUCUAUGAGACAUUAAAAAAUACCUGGUUACAACGCUAUGCUGUGAACAGUGCUGACCCUGGAGUGUUUGUUCUCCUGGCUUGUGGCACUAUGUCCAGUACCUGUGGGCAGCUGGCCAGUUAUCCCCUGGCUCUUGUGAGAACACGCAUGCAGGCACAAGCUUCGGUGGAGGGAGCUCCAGAGGUGACCAUGAGGGGACUCUUCAAACACAUUCUAAAGACAGAAGGAGCAUUUGGUCUCUAUCGAGGCCUCGCCCCCAACUUCAUGAAGGUGAUCCCUGCCGUUAGCAUCAGCUAUGUGGUUUAUGAGAACUUGAAGAUGACCCUGGGGGUGCAGUCACGGUGACCAGGAGAUGCCAAGGAUUCUGAACUCUGAAAUCUUGGGCUGUAAUCCUGCGGUGCAUAGCCAUCUCUCAUUCUGUGAAUGUGUCGACACUAAACUGGCUAAGCAAAGCUGUGAAAAUCCAGGGGUAGGGAGGAUUUGGUGUUCUUUGCCAUCUUGCUACUCGAGAGCUCUGCUUAAACCAUCAAGUGGUCCUUCAGGCAUACUGGGGAUCAUUUGGGAGACCAGAGAUCAACUCCUGGGUGUGUCUCAAGCUAUGAGUUUGAGGCCAGUUUCCAGCAGCUUCAUAGAGCGGGGACCUUUCAUGUAGAAUCAGCUGCUGGCUUGGAGAUUUGUAGUACCUUUUGACAUGCUGAAGGAGCUAUUUUCCAUUCAGUUUAACCUCCUGCCUAUUUAAAAUUGUACAAACGUAUUUAUUAUGUUUACAUGUAUUUCUUUGGGUAGCAAAUGUUUGUUUUGCUUCCAAGACUAUGACAUGAAACUUUACACUGCACCAGUUUUGGGGCCUGGUAAGCAGUGAUUCUUCUGUUCAGGCUGACAGUUACUUAGGCCAGCUGGGUAGAGAAUAAGGAUAUUUAUUUUUAUAGGUCAGAUCAAGUCUCUCCCAUAAACCUGCUAACAAGAUGCACUUAUUAACAGAAGCAGUGGACUAGAGCCUGCACACUGCAUUGCUGCAUGCUAGAUGGAUUUGACAUUCAUGCCCAGCAGAGGUUUGGAAAGGGGAAGACUAGAACCCUGAAUGGACUAUUGCCUUCAUGCGCGGCUUUACUGAAUAACUGUUCUCUGCUGCUCUUGGCCAUCUCUGCAGCUGUGCACCUGACGGCCUGUGCAGCACUCUGAACAGGGCUCUUCCUGGUGCCAGUGGUGGAUGACUGACCCUUUCCAAACCCUGCAGCUAAGCUGUGAUUUAUCCCUCUCUGGAUCUCUUUGUGGACUAGAGUUAGGGUUUGCAUUGGAUGGACAUGGAAUCCCCAGGCUAGGAGUAGUUCUGCUGUGGGAAGGGAUGUUUGCUGACAUUGGGAGAAGUUGGGUUCGUCAGGGAGUUGAAGACGAUUACUUGUCAUUCUCCCAGAAGGUGCUUUUUGUAUGCAGAAAGGAAGGGAACGGCUUGGCUUUAAAAUUUCUCUGACUGUAUUACGGGCCACUUCAGUCUAUAUAGGAUCAGGCUUCUGGGGCCCCAGAGAGCCUCAUCCGACUUUUGAUAUGGGGCCAAAUGGACCAGCAUCACAUUCCAUGGUGUCUUACUGCUUAAAUCGUAUUUAUUUUGUAUUUAUUUGAACAGAGUUAUGUCAGACUAUUUUUAUAGACUUGUUUAAAUGUUGUUCGUGCCUUUGUAUUUCUCCUAUUUAAAGUUCUGUAUUCUUACUCAUUUGCACCUUUACUAUCACUCAGCUGAGCAGCAAGGGGAGAUGCUAAGGUCAUUAGUGUUCUCUUCCCCUAAAGUUUGAGCUGCUCUUUUUACAUCUGUGGGGGGCCUGUCAGUCAAGAGAAAUUCCCUGUAGCAGUAAGCCAUAGAAGAGGGGAGAAUGGGUUAGCUAGGAAACAGUUCUCUGGGACAAGGGACACGGAAUGGUGUAUUGUGAGGCUUGCCUUACUCUGGAAUCGCUUUGCACUGAAAGGAUUUCCUGUGGAUGGCUCAGGCUGGGGAAAUGGAAGGCCUGUGUAUGUUGAUGUCUCAAUGGCUAGAUGAGAGCAGGUGAAUUGGAAUUUUUUGGGGGGAGGGAAAAAGUCUCAGGGAUUUUGGAAACUGGCAAUUUGUGUCUUUCUAGAAACAGGGAAGGAAACUUGCACUUGAACACAAGCUGCUGUAGUUCUGUUCGAGGGCAAGUAGGCAGACAUGCUACUGAGUCCCAUGCUCCUCUCUCUCACAUACGUGCACUAUGGAGAAGCUUGUGUUCGGGAACGGAAAGGGCUUCAUUAGGCACUCCUGGCAGCUGCUCCCAGUGAUACACUUGGGUGGUAGGGAGAGCCUUCGGUCCUCAGGUUCUCUCCCUGCUCUCUGUUCUUGCCAGAGGGAAAUCUAACUUCCUACCUGGAUUACUGACAUGAUUUUUUCACUUCCCCCUUUGAGACCAACUGUAAAUUCUGCAGUGGCUCCUUUGUACCAAUGUGGCCUAAUGGGAAUGUUCCAAGUACAAAAAUCAAUGCAAUAUGUGACUGUAUUUGUUGCUGUAACUGGAAAUGGUCAAAAUACAAAUCUAACCAAUGAGAUUCCUUGUGAUGAAGGGAAAAGUCUGCUAAUAAAGGAUUAUUAAAGCUA